UUGUCUUCACAGAAGACUUUUCAAGUCAAGUUUUAAUUCACUCCACAAAUGUGAGACAAUCCAAUGAUCAAUUCGUUUCACAGAAAAAAAAUAAAAAAAAAAAAACCAAUCAAAGAAAAAAAUAUGAAGCUAUCUUGUAGUGAGAGGAGAGUGAUAACAAUAAGCUUGUGUUUAAUCUUCUGCCUUUCUAACUCAAUACUUGUUAUUGCUUCUCCUGCUAAAGACUUGUGUCUUCCAGACCAGAGGGAUGCUCUUUGGGAGUUCAAGAACGAGUUCUAUAUCCAAAGGCCCGAUUGGAGGAUGUCUGAAACAGCAACAGAGAAGUGGAGGAACAACACUGAUUGCUGUUCGUGGGAUGGUAUCUCAUGUGAUCCUAAGACGGGAGUGGUGGUUGAGUUGAAUCUCGAGUACAGUAAUCUCAAUGGCCCUUUGAGAUCUAAUAGCAGCCUGUUUAGACUACAACAUCUUCAAACCCUUAAGCUUGGCCACAAUAAUCUUUCGGGUACUCUACCAGAUUCCAUUGGCAAUCUCAAGUAUUUGAGGGUUUUGAGUCUUCGUCGUUGCAAAUUCAUCGGAAAGAUUCCUUCUUCACUCGGAAAUCUUUCUUAUCUCUCUGAACUUGAUCUUUCUUUUAAUGAUUUAACUGGUGAGAUACCGGAUUGGAUGGGCAACCUCAAAUAUCUGAAGGUUUUGAGGCUUCGUUAUUGCAAUCUUUUUGGAAAGAUUCCUUCUGCAUUCGGAAAUCUUUCUAAUCUCGCUGUUCUUUCUCUUUCGGAUAAUGAUUUAACCAGUGAACGACCAGAUUCGAUGGGCAACCUAAACCGACUAACAGAUUUCCAACUUAUGCUACUCAACAUGAGCUCGCUUACUUAUAUCAACCUUGGUUUUAACCAGUUCAGAGGGAUUAAUUUGAAGAUCAGUUCAACUCUCCAUUUUCCGUCAGCCAUGGGGACAUUGAUUUUAUCAUCCUGCAAUAUUUUAGAGUUUCCCAAGUUUCUACAAAACCAAACCAGUUUGUAUGAUUUAGACAUCUCUGCCAAUCAAAUUGAAGGCCAAGUACCAGAAUGGUUAUGGAGACUACCAACGUUGAGGUAUGUUAACAUUUCUCAUAGUUCUUUCAAUGGCUUUGAAGGACCUGCGGAUGUUAUUCAAAGAUGUGGAGAACUAGAUACGCUUGACAUAAGUUCAAACACUUUCCAGAAUCCGUUUCCUUUGUUACCACGCUCUACGUCGGACUUUUUCAGCUCCGAUAAUCAGUUUUCAGGAGAUAUUCCUCGGGAAAUAUGUGAAAUAUUUAAUCUUAAUAUGUUUGUUUUAUCCAACAACAAGUUCAUCGGUUCUAUUCCUCGAUGUUUUAAGAAUUUAUCUCUUUCGGUCUUGCAUCUUCGGAAUAACAGUCUGUCUGGUGUUUUUCAAGAGGAAUCUAUCAGUGUUGUCCUAGGAUCACUUGAUAUUGGUCACAACUUUUUUUCAGGAGAGCUUCCCAAGUCAUUGAUCAACUGUAGUCGACUCGAGUUUUUGAACGUGGAAGAUAACAUAAUCAAUGGCACAUUUCCUUUAUGGUUGAGAUUGUUGCCCAAUCUACAGAUUCUUGUUCUUCGUUCUAACGAGUUUUAUGGGCCAAUAUCUUCUCCUAAAGAUUCUGUAAGUUUUCCUAAGCUGCGAAUCUUUGAUAUAUCAGAUAAUCGCUUCACUGGAGUCUUGCCAUCAGAGUACUUUGUGGGGUGGACUGCAAUGUCAUUAGUCCACCCCGCAAUGUCAUCAGUCGUAAACAUUGUAGAUAGUAUGAUGAGCAUUUAGAAGACACUAUCACAAGUCGGUGGCUCUAAUAAACAAAGGCUUAAAGAUGGAGCUGGUUGGGAGUGGUUUCACAAUCUACAAAACCAUCGACGUCUCCAGAAACAGAUUCGAAGGAGACAUCCCUGAAUCCAUUGGUCUUCUCAAGGAACUGAUUGUGCUCAACAUGUCAAACAACGAUUUCACAGGCCAUAUUCCACCAUCUCUAUCGAACUUGAGCAAUCUCGAAUCAUUGGAUCUAUCUCAAAACAGAUUAUUCGGCAGUAUCCCACCAGAGCUCGGAAAACUCACGUUUCUAGAGAGGAUGAACUUCUCUUACAACAUGCUUGAAGGUCCAAUACCACAAGCCACUCAGAUUCAAAGCCAGAAUAGUUCUUCAUUUACAGGGAAUCCCAAUCUAUGCGGUGUUCCUCUCCAAGAAACAUGCGGCGGAGAAGAAGAAGCAACAAAGCAAGAGCAAGCUGAGGCGAAGGAAGAAGAAGAACAAGUAUUGAGCUGGAUCGCAGCUGCAAUAGGCUAUGUACUUGGUGUUGUGUGUGGACUCACCAUCGGCCACAUUCUCACUUCAUAUAAACGUGACUUGUUCAUGAGAAUUGUUUCACUCUUUACUUAAGUAAGCAUCACUUACUAGGAGGAUGAUGUUCCCUAGCUUGCAACUAUAGUUCAAUAAACUUUCUCAACACUUUGUUUGAAAAUCAUAUUAUCAAUCUAUUCUACA